ACCACUGACUGAGCGGCUCAUUGUAUGCGCCCCGGGCGGGCAGCGCAGAGCAGCGCAGAAGUGCAGCCGGCAGCGCAGGCCCUAGCUAGAGGCAUGCGACUACCCCGCUUCUCCAGCACUGUCGUGCUUUCCCUCCUAAUAGUACAGACUGGCAUCCUGGUCUUCCUUGUCUCCCGGCAAGUGCCAUCGUCCCCAGCAGGCCGUGGGGAGCAUGUGCACGUGCUGGUGCUGUCCUCAUGGCGCUCGGGCUCGUCUUUCGUGGGUCAGAUCUUCAGCCAACACCCCGAUGUCUUCUACCUGAUGGAGCCAGCUUGGCACGUGUGGGAUGCGUUGUCGCAGGGCAGUGCCCCCGCACUCCACAUGGCCGUGCGCGACCUAGUCCGUUCUGUGUUCCUAUGUGACAUGGACGUGUUCGAUGCCUACCUGCCCUGGCGCCGCAACAUCUCGGAUCUCUUCCAGUGGGCGGUGAGCCGCGCGUUGUGCUCACCUCCGGUCUGCGACGCCUUCGCUCGCGGCAACAUCAGCAGCGAGGAGGUGUGUAAGCCUCUGUGUGCAAAGCGGCCCUUCAGCCUGGCUCAGGAAGCCUGCAGCUCCUACAGCCACGUAGUGCUCAAGGAGGUGCGCUUCUUUAACCUGCAAGUGCUCUACCCGCUGCUCAGCGACCCUGCGCUCAACUUGCGCAUCGUGCACCUGGUGCGCGACCCGCGGGCCGUGCUGCGCUCCCGAGAGCAGACAGCCAAGGCACUGGCACGGGACAAUGGCAUCGUCCUGGGUACCAACGGCACGUGGGUGGAGGCGGACCCCCGGCUGCGUGUGGUCAGCGAGGUGUGCCGAAGCCACGUGCGCAUCGCGGAGGUAGCAUUGCAAAAGCCGCCGCCCUUCUUGCAAGAUCGCUACCGCCUGGUGCGCUACGAAGAUCUAGCCCGGGACCCACUCACCGUAAUCCGUGAACUGUAUGCUUUCACUGGCCUGGGUCUCACACCGCAGCUCCAGACUUGGAUCCAUAACAUCACCCAUGGCUCAGGGCCAGGCGCACGCCGUGAGGCCUUCAAGACCACAUCCAGGGAUGCGCUCAGUGUGUCCCAGGCCUGGCGCCACACGCUGCCCUUUGCCAAGAUUCGCCGGGUCCAGGAGCUGUGCGCAGGUGCACUGCAGCUGCUGGGUUACCGGCCUGUGCACUCAGAGCUUGAGCAACGGGACCUCUCUCUGGACCUCCUGCUGCCAAGAGGCAUGGACAGUUUCAAGUGGGCAUCUUCUACAGAUAAGCAACCGGAAUCUUAGAAUUUUAGUGGAGAGACCCAGCUCUGACAUUUAGGGUCUAUUGGUGUAUUGUAUGAUAAGGGGCUUGGACAAAAGCAAGUGGCUGGGAGUGGUCUUGCCCUGUACUAGGAGAGGAUGGAGUCCAAAUCCCACAUCUCUUUCUGUCCAGAUGAUAGUUUCCCUUUGGGUCCUUGAGGGUUUGGAUUCCCAUCAAGUAACUGUCGAAUGGAAAUUGAAAGCUCUGCCCGCUUCCUUUGGUCACAGAGGCAGCCAGACUCGUACUAAAGCGUUCCCUUUCUCCUUGAUUUUCUUCCCUCUUUGGUCAUACCAUGCAAUAGCAGGGGGUGGGCCCCCCGGGGGGGGGGGGGGGGGGGGGGCGGGGGGCAGGAGGGGCUGCCGUGGGCUGGCUCCUAAAAAUCUGUGCGUCUGCCUCUCAUCUCUCACCCUGACCUCUGCUCACCCCCAUGCCCUAGUCUCGCAGUCCAUCAACGACUUGGACAGUUAUGUGUAUGGUCAGGAAGGAACCAGAAAGGAUGGCUCUGUGGUUUCCCCUUAGAGUCUCUGCCUGACCUUCUAGAAGGGAGCCCGGGCGUACACCCCCAUGCCUGGGGAGGAUGACAUUUUAAUGAACCUUUGAUUUGUCCUGAGAUGAAAGAUCCUAAUUACGGAAAUAAACAUCAUAAAUUCAACGUGAUGCAGGGUGAUCCA